AUGGUCAGAGAUGCUUGGACGGACUACGGUGGGAAAGGCGAGUGGCGACGGUGGUCCAGGCUGGGCGGAUUGUUGGCCAUGGCGGUUGUCAUGUCGCUUAUUGUUGCGUCGUUGCCACGUGCAAGCGCAAAUCCAGAUUCAAAACGUCUUUACGAGGAUCUGCUGUCCAAUUACAAUCGCCUUAUCCGGCCAGUUGGUAACAACAGUGAUCGUCUCACGGUUAAAAUGGGCCUGCGUCUAUCCCAGCUCAUUGACGUCAAUUUGAAGAAUCAAAUUAUGACGACCAAUGUUUGGGUGGAGCAGGAGUGGAAUGACUAUAAGCUCAAAUGGAAUCCAGAGGAAUAUGGUGGAGUCGAAACAAUCCACGUGCCAUCUGAACACAUAUGGCUGCCAGACAUUGUUCUUUAUAACAACGCCGACGGCAAUUACGAGGUAACGAUAAUGACCAAAGCGAUACUGCAUUAUACCGGUAAGGUAAAGUGGAAACCGCCGGCAAUUUACAAGUCUUUUUGUGAGAUUAACGUCGAGUAUUUUCCCUUCGACGAGCAAACCUGCUUUAUGAAGUUCGGCUCGUGGACAUACGACGGUUAUACGGUGGAUCUGCGUCACUUGAGCCAAACAGAAGACUCAAAUGAAAUAGACGUAGGAAUCGACUUGGCCGAUUAUUACAUCUCCGUCGAGUGGGACAUAUUAAAAGUGCUUGCAAAGAGAAAUGAAAAAUUUUACAGUUGCUGUGAGGAGCCCUAUCCCGACAUAAUAUUUUACAUAACUUUACGCCGUAAAACAUUAUUCUACACAGUAAAUUUAAUAAUACCAUGCGUGGGUAUAUCAUUUUUAUCAGUGCUGGUGUUUUAUCUGCCAAGCCAUAGUGGUGAAAAAGUAUCAUUGUCAAUUUCAAUAUUACUAUCAUUAACAGUAUUCUUUUUAUUGCUUGCCGAAAUAAUCCCUCCUACAUCAAUAACGGUACCGCUUUUAGGUAAAUAUUUAUUAUUUACUAUGGUGUUGGUGACAUUAUCGGUGGUGGUGACAAUAGCCGUUUUAAAUGUUAAUUUUCGUUCUCCGGUAACACAUCGUAUGGCUAAAUGGGUUCGUGUUGUAUUUAUUCAAGUAUUACCUAAAUUUUUGUGCAUCGAAAGACCAAAUAAGGACAACGAUGAUGAUAAUGAUAAUAAUGAUAAUGAUAAUAAUAAUGAUGACGAUGAGGACGAGGAUGACGACGACAAGGCGCCCGAGCUCAUACUCACCGAUGUGUUCCCAAAUGUUAAUGAGACUGACAAGUAUGAGUUGCCCUAUGGCGGUAAAAGGUAUAGUGAGGAUUAUGAAAUAACAGAUUUACCUGGUUUACCAGUAACAAUACCACCAGUACCAGUUCCACCAUCAGUUACAACAAUACCUAAUUCGAGGUACGGUGAUUUACCCAUUCCUGUUGUGGCACCACGUUUUGAUGAAUCUGCAUUGCCACCUCUACCAUUACCGGGUGGUGGCGAUGAUGAACUAUUUGUACCCGCCAGUCCGGGUUACGUUCAUGAAGAUGCUAGUCCGACGUUUGAGAGGCCACUUGCACGGGAAAUCGAGAAAACCAUUGAAGACGCACGUUUUAUUGCUCAACACGCCAAGAACAAGGAUAAGUUCGAAAGCGUGGAAGAAGACUGGAAGUACGUAGCAAUGGUUCUUGACAGAAUUUUCCUCUGGAUAUUUACGAUUGCUUGUGUUAUCGGUACGGGACUCAUAAUCCUACGGGCCCCGAGCCUGUACGACGAGACCAAACCGAUUGACAUUAUUUAUAGCAAAAUCGCCCAGAGGAAGAUGAUGCUGAAGAACAUGGGUCCUGAGGAGGACGACUAGUCGACGAUAACACCCGGCCACAGUGCCGUGGUUUUUAUAAUUAUUGAAUUAAUAUUAUUAAUAAUUAAUAAAUUUAAAUAAUAAUGAAAUCACACUCGUGCCUCGUGGUCAAGUAUUAACUGUGGUACCACACACAUAAACAUCCAUUUAACGAAAAAAAUUAAUAAAAAAAAUAUUGAAAUAAUAACACACGUUACUAUACCCACUCUUAUAAAUUCUUGCACGCAGGCACGAGGCAGUGUCGUCGUCGACUGUCGUCACUCCUUGUGCACCAAAGUUCACGUAUCGAGAUUCAACGGUUCUUACAUAAUUCAACAGACAUAAUCUCGAACCAGUUUCAUCAUUAAUUUUAUAACUAUUAUUACUACUGCUGAAAAAUCGCCAAAUAACAGUUUUAAAAAUUAUACUAAAAAAGAAGACAAUUAAUAAUAAUAAUUUAUAAUUAUAAUACAAUGGUGAGUCGUGAAAAUCGUGAACAGACACUUGGAGAACGGCACG